GGUCCUCUGGAGAAAAUGUGCGAUCUCAGUACAUCACAGCAGACUAAAAUCAGUCAACUCCCAGGGUACCUGACAAGAAGAGGGAGUCCUCAACACCAAAGUCCUCAAGAUCUGGCCUCCCAUAAUAGCAGUUACUACGACCUGCGGGCUGUCCCGACGCAUCAGGGCCGCUCAGGCUCCUCUAGCCAUUAUGUCGGAUGGGUCAAGAGGAAAGAAGAUUCCAAUGGAAAUCUUUGUGGAGACCCAGUUCGGCGACGUCUUACCCUAGAGGUCUGGCCAGGAAGCAGGGUUGAAGACGUAAAGACCAGUAUAUCUGCCCUAAGAGGGAUUCCCCAAGCCCACUAGAUCCUGAUCCUAGGCGACACCAUCCUGGAGGAUAAUCGAACCCUGUCAGACUACAACAUCCAGGAGGGGUCGUCUGUCUGCCUGGUGAUCUGCCUCAGGACUGCAUGUUAAUGGUGUAUCAUAAUUUCAUAUAUGAUCUGUCGCUCACAUGCACGUGCCGACACAUACACACACAGACACACACACACACACAGUUCUUUUUGAAAUCCAUGUUGCUUUUGAAUUUUUUCUUUAUAUAACUUUAUUGAUCAUAUUUAAUUCUUUACAAAUGACCUGAUGCUUUGUAUCUCCUCUCACUGUGUGCUUUGAUGUCUUGACAUGACUUUGUUUGUGCCUUAAAUAAUGUUUUUAUUAAAGUUUUAUACAUGAACAAAAAAAAAAGCAUUUAAUAAGCAUUGUAAGUGGAAUACAGAUGUUAUGAAUUCACAAAUACCUCUGUAAGUUAAUCUUUGUACAUGAGCUGCAAAAAUAUCAGUAUAUGUUUGAAGACACGCCUACAUUUCACAGGGCAAUUCUUGAGAACCCCUCUAAGGUAAUUGCUCUAAUGAGCAUGGACUUUAGUGGGGCAGGGCAAAAAUUUUAAUCACAUAACCUCUCCACUUUUUGGAUUGAGGCUAUAACAUCUGAUUUGUGCUUUAAUCUACUAUUUAGUGAUUUACUGCAAAAUAAACAAUUGAGAGUCAAAAACAUAG